AUGGAGACGUCUUCCAAACGAAAUGGGAGGGGAGAAUCACUUUCCUCCAAUGUUGAUGACUCGACUACGCAUGAGCUCUAUGCUUGGCCAUUCAUGAACGCUCUACGGGCUGGUACUGGAGCUAUUAUGUGCAUUUACCAACGAUCCAACAAUUCCUACGCCUGCCAAAACUCUAAACUCAUGAACGGUAUCUUGAAGACCGAACUCGGAUUUGAGGGAUUCAUAGUCUCGGAUUGGGAUGCACAACAAACUGGAGUUGCGACAGCAAAUGCUGGUCUUGAUAUUGUCAUGCCUGAUUCAGGAUAUUGGGGUAAAAACUUGACCCAGGCCGUCAACAAUGGCUCUGUCACUGUUGAGCGUAUUAAUGAUAUGGUUGAAAGAACUAUGGUACACUUUUCCCACCCCAUUGUCUAAUAUACACAAGAAAUUGAGCUAACUUUGAUAAAUAUUAUUUAGGCCUCCUUCUACUUCUUUGAUCAGAAUGGCACUUUCCCGCCAGCAGCAAUCCACCCAUCAACAGUUCAACACCCAAUCCUCGAUGUUCGUGGUGAUCAUGAUAAGGUCAUUAGAGUAAUUGGUGCGGCGGGCCACAUUCUCAUCAAAAACGUCAACAAAACACUCCCCCUUAAGAAGCCUCGCUUCGUCUCUAUUUUCGGUUACGAUGCCGAAGUCAAGCCUGUCCCAUGGACGAACCCCCUGAGAUACGGCGGAGGUUACGAAGUGAACUUUGGAUAGGAAACCUUCAAUGGAACACUCAUCCUCGGCGGAGGUUCGGGCUCCAACAGUCCUCCAUAUGUCAUCUCCCCUUUCAAAGCGAUUCAAGAUCGUGUUAUUGCCGACCGAGGAGUCCUCCGAUGGGAUUUCUAUUCCGAGAACCCUACCCCAGAAGCGAACACCGAAGUUUGCCUCGUUUUCAUCAACGCCUACGCCUCCGAAUCUUUCGAUCGCGUCUCUCUCACCGACAAAUUCUCCGACAACCUUGUCUUGAAAGUCGCCUUCAAAUGCCCCAAUACCGUCGUCGUUCUCCACUCAGCAGGCACCAGAGUCGUAGACGCCUGGAUCGAACACGAGAACGUGACGGCUGUUAUCUUCGGUGGUCUCCCAGGACAAGAAUCCGGACACGCGCUGGUGGAUGUUCUCUAUGGAGAUGAAAACUUCAGUGGGAAGCUAACGCAUACCGUCGCCAAGAAGGAUGAGGAUCAUGGGGCGAUACUCAAUGCUACUGUUUUGUUUGAUGCUUUUCCUCAAGAUAACUUUACUGAGGGCGUCUAUAUUGAUUACAGAGCUUUUGACAGAGAUGGCAUUGAACCACGUUUCGAGUUUGGAUUCGGGCUUUCUUAUACUACUUUCGGGUACGAGAAUCUUACCAUCACUCCAUUGGAAGUAGUCAACAAGGGAGAGUAUCCCAACCGGGCCAUACCUGUCAUUCAAGGAGGACAUCCCGAACUUUGGGAUAUGAUCUACAAUAUCACAACGGUUAUCACAAAUACAGGUGAUGUAAAGGGUGCAGAGGUCGCACAAUUAUACAUCGGGAUACCUGGAUCCCCUGCGCGACAGCUUAGGGGAUUCGAGAAGGUUAUACUUGAGCCUGGAGCAAAUGCAGAAGUUACCUUCGGAGUUACGAGAAGGGAUUUGAGUGUUUGGGAUGUGGUUGCUCAGCAGUGGAAGCUACAACAGGCAUGUAACUACACUGUCGAGGUCGGUGCCAGUAGUAGAGAUAUGAGAGUCAAGAGAAGCACUGAUUUGUGA